AAACAAGCAUACCCUGUUACGUUCAGCGCUUUCAUAACGUUAUAAAGGACAAGUGAAAGGUACAAGCCUUCUCUAUUUUAAAUCGUUUACAUGAAGCUGCGGUAAAGUGUUUGGCGAGACACAACUUAUUUAAGCUUGUCAGCCGCAAUGUUUCAAAGGAGCAAAACCUUGAAAGAUUUAUUGGACAUUGUCCCCGGGAAACGGCGACUGGGGUCGUACAGGUUCCUUCCUAUUUUUUUCUGCAUUGGGGGAGUCAUGGAAUGGAUCAUGAUCAACGUCAGAAUAGGAAAAGAGACUUUCUAUGAUGUCUACCGAAGGAAACAAUCAGAACGGGAGUAUCAGCAGAAGAUGGCAGAUAGUUCUUGAUCAGCCUGCAGCCAAGUGAAAAAUGGUCGGACCUCACAAAUCUCAAGACACACUGGAUACUUACUCCCUCAUAGUUUGGACUGUGUCACCAUCUUGAACAUGAUUAACAAGCCAUGGGUGAAAAGACAAUGGAGAAAUCACUUCCAGCAUGCAGGUUUUAUUUUCUAUAUGGUCAGUCAGAAGCAUGGGCAAAGCUUGCGGUGAUAAUACAGUUGGUAUAAGAUCAGAACCAAAUUAACACUGUUGAUGAAUUAUGAUGAAAAUAUUUCAUAGUACCUGGCUAGACAGAGCCAUAAACUAAAAAGAAAAACAUAUUUGUAUUUAUUAUUUGGAAGAUUUUGCACCUGUGUUGUGAACAAAAAGUGAGAAACUUUACGGUUGAUCUGUUGGGUGAAUAAAAAAAUGUUGGUUAACUUCUUUUUUCUGUAUUAUAUACAUUUUGUUUUACUCACACUGCCUGUGCAUCUUUUCCUAUACUCAUUCAGUUCACACAGGGCAUGUGUUUUACUUAUUUAUCAUUUAUUUAUAUAUAUAUAUAUAUAUAUAUAUAUAUAUUGUUGUAUUCAGUUGUACCAGCCAAUUGGGAGAGAUUGCAGGCAGAUGAAGCUGUCAGGAUGCUGCGAUAACUUGAGCGGGUUUCCAUCCAGUCUCACCUGGUCCAAGUUGGGUCGGAUGUAGUGGCUGUUGUUGCCUUUGCAGAAUGUCUCAUCUGUUAUUGUUGAGAUUUUAUUGUUCUGCAGGAAACCAAAAUAAAAGUGCAUUUAUAUUAUGUAGCUACAAUUAGCA